UCACUCUUUUACACACACACACACACACACACACAUCAUUAAAUACACACAGGAGCACAUAACCCACUCUUUUCUCCCUUAGAGACACUUCGAAAGAACUUUGAAGGGAAGCAGAACAACUGGCUGCAGAGGAAAUCAUCACUACAUAAACAAUUACUGAAUAUUUAAGUCACAUACAUACAUAUAUACAAACUAAUCAAGCUUAGAGACACAUCACAGGACAGACAGCACACACAGGGUGUGUGUGAAAGAUGACAGGGAGGAUGCAGCUUCUCGUAGCCAUAUCUCUAAUUCUCAGUUUAAAUUCAGCCGUGGAUGCUGAGUCAACCGUGUAUAACCUCCUGACAUCACCAGACUGUUUGCCAGAUCUCCUUCAUGGAGGUUUGGCAGAACAGGGAGUAACGGAGCUCUUUCUGCUUGCAACAUUCCGCCUGCAACCCCGAACUGGAACCACAGUUUUUGGGCUCUAUAAUCCACGAGACAACAGCAAAUACUUUGAGUUCACCAUUCUGGGUAAAAUGAACAAAGCUACACUGCGUUACCUGCGCCUUGAUGGCAGGAUGGCCACUGUCACCUUUAACAACCUCAAACUGGCGGACGGAGAGAAGCACCAUCUCCUUUUUCACCUGAAGGGCCUGGAGGUUCCAUACAGCCAGGGGUCUUUUCCACCUGGCCAGGCAACGUUGCCAGUGCCAGGGGUGGAGUUGUAUGUGGACUGCCGAUUGGUGGAGACAUUGAGAGAUUUACCAGCAGUGUUCAAUGGGCUCAAUAACAACCAGGGUGUGGAGCUGAAAACCAUGCAGAGAAAAGCACAGGAGGAGCUGGAGGAGCUGAAACUGGCUUAUGGUGAUUCGGUAGAGAAUGUCGCAUCGCUGCAGGGCUGCCACAGCCACCAGAGCGACUCCGUACAGACACUAGGGCUCAAUACUAAACAGCUGACCAAUCAGAUGCUAGAGCUCACCAAAGUCAUAAAUGAGCUGAAGGAUGUGCUUGUUCAGCAGGUGAAAGAGACUGCCUUCCUCAGAAACACAAUCUCGGAGUGUCAAGCAUGUGGGCUGGGUGGUACUACAGUGAAGCAGCAGUGUGCUCCUGGUGUGUGUUUCCGUCCUGACAUGUGUAUCGAGACAGAGGAAGGGGUGGAGUGUGGCCCCUGUCCUGAUGGAUACACCGGAGAUGGCUACAGCUGUGAUGACGUUGAUGAGUGCCAGUUUAACCCCUGUUUCCCGGGUGUGAAAUGUGUGAACACGGCUCCAGGGUUCCACUGUGAGGCGUGUCCUAGCGGAUACACAGGCCAACCAGUGGAAGGUGUGGGAGCGGCUUUUGCACAGACACACAAACAGGUGUGUGAUGACAUUGAUGAGUGCAGCGGGCCGAAUAAUGGAGGCUGCACAGCCAAUUCGAUCUGCCUGAACUCUAUGGGCUCAUAUCGCUGUGGUGGCUGUAAAACAGGAUUCACUGGUGACCAAGUGAGAGGCUGUAAGCCAGAGAAGAGUUGUGGAAAUCGGCUGCAGAAUCCCUGUGAUCCGAAUGCGCAGUGCAUUGAGGAACGAGAUGGCACUAUCACCUGCCAGUGUGGUAUUGGCUGGGCAGGAAAUGGCUAUCUAUGUGGAAAGGACACUGACAUUGAUGGAUACCCAGAUGAGAAGCUUCGCUGCCGAGAUCCCACCUGCAAAAAGGACAAUUGCGUUAUGGUGCCAAAUUCAGGACAGGAAGAUGCCGAUUCAGAUGGACAAGGUGAUGCCUGCGACCCAGAUGCUGAUGGAGAUGGAAUACUGAACGAGCAGGACAAUUGCUGGUUGAAGCCAAAUGUGAAUCAGAUAAACAGUGAUAAGGAUAGCCAUGGUGAUGCAUGCGAUAACUGCCUUACCAUUGAGAAUCCAGACCAGCGGGACACUGAUUCAGAUGGCCUUGGGGAUGCAUGUGAUGAUGACAUGGAUGGAGACGGUAUUAAAAACUUCCUGGACAACUGUCAACGAGUGAAAAACCGGGACCAGCAGGACCGAGACCGAGAUGGAGUGGGAGAUGCUUGUGACAGCUGCCCUGAUAUUCCCAACCCCAACCAGUCGGACAUUGACAAUGAUCUUGUCGGAGACUCUUGUGACACAAAUCAAGACAGUGAUGGUGACGGACAUCAGGAUUCAAAGGACAACUGUCCACUGGUGAUAAACAGCUCCCAGUUGGACACUGAUAAAGACGGACUGGGUGACGAGUGUGAUGAUGAUGAUGAUAAUGAUGGCAUCCCCGACUUCCUUCCCCCGGGCCCUGAUAAUUGCCGCCUGGUGCCCAAUCCUGACCAAAAAGACGACAACAAUGACAAUGUAGGUGACAUAUGUGAGUCAGAUUUUGACCAAGACAAGGUGAUCGACAGGAUUGACAAUUGUCCCGAGAACGCGGAGAUCACACUGACAGACUUCAGAGCAUAUCAGACCGUUGUGCUGGACCCUGAGGGUGAUGCCCAGAUUGACCCUAACUGGGUGGUUCUCAACCAGGGGAUGGAGAUUGUGCAAACAAUGAACAGUGACCCUGGCCUUGCUGUGGGUUACACAGCGUUCAGUGGUGUUGACUUUGAGGGCACAUUCCAUGUGAACACUGUGACUGACGACGACUAUGCUGGCUUCAUAUUCGGGUAUCAGGACUCAUCUAGCUUCUACGUGGUGAUGUGGAAGCAAACGGAGCAGACCUACUGGCAGGCUACGCCUUUCAGAGCUGUUGCUGAGCCUGGCAUUCAACUGAAGGCAGUGAAGUCUAAGUCUGGUCCUGGUGAACAUUUGAGAAACUCCCUCUGGCAUACAGGUGACACUAAUGAUCAGGUGCGCUUGCUCUGGAAAGAUCCACGUAAUGUCGGCUGGAAGGACAAAGUGUCAUACCGCUGGUAUCUACAGCACCGUCCACAAGUGGGGUACAUCAGGGUGCGUUUCUAUGAAGGCACAGAGUUGGUAGCAGACUCUGGUGUGACAAUUGACACAACAAUGAGGGGAGGCAGGCUGGGUGUGUUCUGCUUCUCUCAGGAGAACAUCAUAUGGUCCAACUUGAAGUACCGCUGCAAUGAUACUAUUCCAGAAGACUUCGAGGAGUUUAGCACACAGCCAGUCUUGUAUCCUCUGUAAAUACCUCACGCACAAUCUCACACCUCCAUGCAUGGCCAAGUGGUUAUGUAUCUGUGUGUGACACAGCCAAGUGGUUGUGUAAGUGUGUGUGACACCAGUCUGUUCAGUGUAUGUGUGUAGGGUUAAGAUAUGUGUAUAUACAAUGCGUAUGCUUUUGAUAAUUCACCAAUUUCUAUUACAACAUAUUACUCUUUUUUUUUUUUUUUUUUUUUUUAAAGUGCAUACUAAGUUUCUAGACUCAUCAUCAUUUAUUUACAUUUGAAAUUUGACUGUAACCAAGCCGGCUCUGCUGUUUGUUCUUAAAGUGGGGGAUAACCAAAAUAAAAUUUUCAUAGUACAUAA